AUGCCACCAAAAAGGAGAAGGAAAAUGCAAGUGGACGCGGCUUCAGAUUUCGUCACAAAAUUUUGCGAAGAAGGUUCAAAACUAAAUGAGGAGGCGGAACAAUAUCUAUCUCAAAGAGAUUGCCCAUAUUUAACCGUGGAUAAUCCGUACCUUAUGGAUGUGUAUACAAAUUUGAAGAAACAUUUCACAAACGAAUUACUUUCAAAGAAUGUCGAGCAGUUUUUGAAUGUGGACGAGUUCAAUCCAAAGCUAAUGACGCCCAAGGAAAACGUGCGACGAAAAGUCAAAGAAGAAGUGUUUUCACCGAUGGAAGUCGACCAGCCGGCCGCCGCUUUCAAUCAUCCGCCCACCGUUUUGCGAGCUCCAAUAGAACGAGAUGCGCGAACUUUGACCGUCGCAACACCGCUUGGCAAUCGAAAUGUACGAGUGCCAAAGAUGCUUUCAAAUAUUGCGCCAAGGCUGAAGAAUACUGAAAAUGUUGUGGCGGGUCGGGUGAUUGGAGCCGAUGAAAUUACUUUUUCCAUUAAUGGGUCUCCUGUUGUUGGGCCAGCUGGUAUCACAGCGGUCUUAGAUGAGGUACUUUCGAAGCCCGAAGAAGAAAUGACGCCCACUUCAAAACAAUUAGCGACCACUCUCAAAGCAGUUUUGCUUAAGAAAUUAAACGAA